AUGGCGCACAUGAGGACACAAAUAGAUCUAUUCACCAAGCACAUUGUCGCCAAGUCUGGAAAGGGUUACAAUUCUGGAAACACGGGUUGGAACUAUGCUAGGGAUGGUCAGUAUGAUAGGCCAGCUAAUAGAGAUCAGGGAAACUGGCAGAACAGAUAUGGGUAUAGGAAUUAUUGCAGUGGUGUUUAUGUGCCCCCAGGUAAUAAAGACCGGGCAAGUGGUAGUUCCAACGGGUCUAAGCUGGAAGACAUGAUGGCUAAGGACGGGAACUGCAUGGCCAUCGCCACCAGGAGUGGUAAAGUUCUUACUGACCCUAUUUCUGUAGGUACCAAACAUGAACAUGUCUUGGAGCAAGCUGGCAGAGAGGAGGAUAAAGCUGAACAGGUAGAUGAUUUGGAGGAUCCUCGGCUUAAAGCACAACCUACAAGAGGAAAGGAGAAAGAGGUCGAGGAAAACCUUCCUUUACAACAGAUUCCCAAACCACCUCCUCAUUUCCCUCAAAGGCUCAAAAAGAAAGAUGAAGAUGGGAAGUUUACAAAGUUCAUCACCAUGUUGAAGCAACUUUCAGUAAACAUACCACUGAUGGAAGCCCUGGAACAGAUGCCAGGAUAUGCCAAGUUCAUAAAGGACUUGGUUACAAAGAAGAGAGUUGUAAGUCUUGAUUUUACUAACGAUGUUCAUCAUUGCAGCGCCAUUGCUACCAGAUCUCUGGUUCAGAAGAAGGAAUAUCUAGGUGCAUUCACUAUCCCAUGCACCAUUGGGUUAAUUAAGUUUGCAAAAGAUUUGUGUGAUCUAGAAGCUAGUAUCAACUUGAUGCCAUUAAACAUCUACAAGAAAUUGGGGUUGGGAGUUCCAAGACCCACAACAAUGAGGUUGAUGAUGGCUGAUAGGUCAGUUAAGCGGCCAGUGGGAGUCCUAUGUGAUGUACUUGUAAAGGUGGACACCUUCAUCUUUCCAGUUGAUUUCGUGAUCUUGGAUUGUGAAGUGGACUUUGAGGUUCCCAUCAUUUUGAGAAGACCCUUUCUGGCCACAGGAAGAGCUUUGGUGGAUGUUAAAAGAGGAGAGUUGAAGUUCAGACUCAACAAGGAUGAGGUAAAGUUCAAUAUUUGCAUGUCAAUGAAGCAACCCAAUGAUAUGAAUGUGGUAUCUGCAAUAGAGAUGGUUGUUGAUGAGGACAUUAGGGUACCCAUAGAAGAGAGGAUGACGGUUGAAACCUUAGUUGCAGUGUUGAUGAACUUUGAUGUUGAUUUCCAGUCUGACUAUAUAGAGACCGUGAAUGCUUUGCAACGUAUAGGAGCACACUCGUAUGCUCCAAAGAAAUUGGACCUGGACUUACAAAACAGGCCAAGCCCUCCAGCAAAACCAUCCAUCGAGGAGCCAUCGGUGUUGGAACUAAAACAGUUACCCAGUCACCUCAGGUACAAACGGGAAAUUGGGUGGACCGUUGCUGAUAUAAUUGGAAUACCUCAUGGUAUAUGGACUAACAAGAUUCAGCUUGAGGAGGACUGCAACCCAAGCAUUGAACACCAGCGGAGGCUAAACCCACCAAUGCAAGAGAUAUCAAUUGCUCCUGAAGAUCAGGAAAAGACCAUCUUCACAUGUCCUUAUGGCACCUUUGCAUUUAAACGCAUGCCAUUUGGACUAUGUAAUGCACCAGCAACAUUCCAAAAGUGUAUGAUGUCUAUCUUCGCGGACAUAGUUGAGAACACUCUAGAGGUAUUUAUGGACGAUUUCUCGGUAGUAGGUGAUACUUUUGAUGACUGUUUGUUGAAUGUUAGCAGGGCUUUACAGAGAUGUGAGGCGGCCAACCUAGUACUGAAUUGGGAGAAGUGUCAUUUCAUGGUAAAUAGGGGCAUAGUCCUGGGACACAAAGUAUCACAGAAGGGGAUAGAGGUCGAUAAGCCCAAGAUUGAGGUGAUUGAAAAGUUACCUCUUCCAAUCUAUGUGAAGGGUGUUAGAAGCUUUCUAGGCCACACCAAGUUCUAUAGAUGCUUCAUCAAGGACUUCUCCAAAAUUGCACACCCCAUGUGCAACCUUUUGGAGAAGGAGGUGAAAUUUGUCUUUGAUGAGGCAUGUCUCAAAGCAUUUUUGUGCCUAAAGAAAAAGCUUAUUUCAACACCAGUGAUCAUUGGCCCAGACUGGUCGAAGCUAUUUGAGGUAAUGUGUGAUGCUAGUGGGACUGCAUUAGGAGUUGUGUUGGGGCAGAAGCGCAACAAGAUGCUUCAUCCGAUUUACCAUGCUAGUAAGUCAUUGAAUGGGGCACAACGAAACUACACAGUCAUUGAGCAGGAACUAUUGGUAGUGGUCUAUGCAUUUGAAAAGUUCUGA